AUGACUACGUCAACCUUUCGCCGUCAGAGUGUCGUCGUUCCCGUGGAUACCAUUGAAAAUCAAGGAAAUCCUGAAGUUAUGGAGUGGCUCACCGUCUCCACCUUGAGCAUAGUCGUCGUUGGUGCUUCCGGUGACUUGGCCAAGAAAAAAACCUUUCCAAGUUUGUUGAAUCUGUAUGAUGACAAUUUGUUGCCGAAGCACACCCGAAUCUGGGGCUUUGCACGUUCAGACAUGUCGGACGAAGAGUUGCGUGAUCGCUUGCGUCCUCAUUUAACCGGGGAUCAUUCGAAAGAAGUCGUCGAUCGCUUUUUAGCCCGGUGCGUCUACCGCAGUGGAACUUCCUACGGUGACCAAGAUGCGUUCACUAAAAUUAACCAAGAUAUGGAAGAGUACGAACGAGACCAUCAAGAUGUGAAGCACUACAAUAGGCUGUUCUACUUUGCCAUCCCUCCCAACGUUUUUGCGGAUACUGCUCUAGCCAUUAAAAAGACCUCUAUGCAGGAUGAAAGCAAGGGUUUCACCCGUUUGAUUGUGGAGAAGCCCUUUGGUCGGGACUUAGAAAGCUUCGAAAAGCUGAACAAAACCUUGGCGGAGCAUUUUACGGAGGAUCACAUGUUUCGUAUCGAUCACUACCUUGGCAAGGAGAUGGUGCAAAACUUGACCGUUUUACGUUUUUCCAACAUUUGGUUUGAGCGCGUUUGGAAUGCGGACAACAUCCAGUGUGUCAUACUGACGUUCAAAGAGCCAUUUGGUACGGAUGGUCGAGGUGGAUAUUUUGACAAAUACGGAAUUAUUCGUGACAUAUUGCAGAACCAUCUUUUACAAGUUUUGACUCUGCUUGCUAUGGAAACGCCUGUGAAGUUGGAAGGCCCCGGCGCGAGUCGUGCUAUUCGCAAUGCCAAGGUGGCUGUUUUGAAUGCAAUUCCUCCCGUUCAGAUCGAGGACGUUGUUUUGGGCCAGUAUGAAGGCUACGCUGAUGAUCCGACGAUCGAAAACAAGGACACCAACACGCCGACAUAUGCUACCAUCAAGCUGAGCAUCAAUACGCCCCGCUGGUACGGUGUUCCCUUCAUUCUUAAGGCUGGCAAGGCAACGAAUGAGCGAAAGGCUGAAAUGCGCAUUCAGUUUAAGGAUCCACCGGCUGCUAGUUUUUUGUUCGAAGGUGAAGGGGAAAAUUACUGUCCGAGAAACGAGCUUGUGAUGCGGAUGCAGCCCGACGAAGCAGUUUACAUGAAGACGAAUGUGAAAAGCCCUGGCUUUACGGCGAAGCCCAUCCAGUCUGAACUAGAAGUCAACUAUGAUACCCGAUUUUUCGAUCACCAGAAAGAAGCUAAUCCAGAUGCCUACACUCGGCUUAUCUUGGAUGUUCUUCAAGGCAAACAUGCAGCCUUUGUGCGCGAUGAUGAACUCCGUCGGGCAUGGGAGAUUUUUACCCCAAUUCUUAAAAAGAUUGAGAACGAGAAUAUUCGCCCUGUUAUUUACAAGCAAGGAUCGCGUGGACCGAUAGAAUCUGACAAUUUUAUCAUGGAGAAAGCGGGUUACAUCCGUAAUGAAGACUAUGUUUUUCACGAAGGGGGAGUGGCGCGUAAGACCGAAGGGACGAACACGAUGCCAGUAUCACAAACCGUUCCUCAAAUUUCAAUUCCAGAUGACGAACUUUGUGACAUUGGAAUCUUUGGUCAGUCUGUGAUGGGAGCAAAUCUUAGUCUUAAUAUCGCCGAGAGUGGAUUUCGUGUUGUUGUGGGCAAUCGUACUCAGAAGAAGGUUGAGGCGACGGUACAGCGUGCCAAGGACGAAGGAAACUUGCCGCUUGUUGGCUCCGAUGGUCCUGAGCAUUUUGUUUCGCAGUUAAAAAAGCCUCGCAAGGUCAUCAUCCUUGUACAAGCGGGAACGGCUGUCGAUGAUACAAUAUCGUCACUUGCAAAGUACUUGGAGCCUGGAGACAUCUUAAUUGACGGAGGCAACGAGUGGUUCCCUAACAGUAUUCGUCGUGGAGAGUUUCUGGAGCCGAAGAACAUCCAUUUUCUCGGAAUGGGCAUUAGUGGAGGAGAAGAAGGAGCACGCAAAGGUCCAUCUUUAAUGCCGGGCGGACCGAAAGAUGCGUACGAUCUUGUCGAACCCAUCUUGUCAAAAUGCGCUGCUUACGUCGAUGAGGCCGGAUCAUGCGUUGGCUACGUAGGCCCAAUUGGAGCAGGGAACUACGUCAAGAUGGUUCAUAACGGCAUUGAAUACGGAGACAUGCAAUUAAUCGCGGAAGUCUAUGACACGAUGAAAAGUACGCUGGGUAUGUCCAAUUUGGAAAUAGCCGAUGUCUUCGACGAAUGGAAUAAAAGUGAAUUGGAAUCUUAUUUGAUCGAAAUCACCGCCACGAUUCUCCGCAAAAAGGAUGAUGAGACUGGUUGUGGGUACGUAAUCGAUUAUAUUUUGGACAAAACUGGCAUGAAGGGCACUGGAAGGUGGACCAUUCAGGAAGGAGCUGAAAGAGGUGUUGCAAUUUCUACUUUGGCUGCCGCUCUCGACGCUCGAAUGCUGAGCGGAUUGAAGGAGGAACGAGAAGUGGCGUCCAAGGUACUUGAUGAGCCAUCAAUGCAGAGUACAGAUAAGACACAGGUAGUUGCGGAUCUACGAGCAGCACUGUACGCGUCGAAAGUUUGUUCAUACGCCCAAGGAUUGAGUUUGAUCAAAGCAGCUUCCGAUGAGUAUCAGUGGGACGUGGACCUUUCGGAAUGUGCCCGCUUGUGGAUGGGAGGAUGCAUCAUUCGAGCAAAGUUGUUGGGGUCAAUUCGAGAAGCUUAUUCGAAAAAUUCCAAUUUGUCGAAUUUGCUUGUUGAUGCCGGCUUCGCGUCGGCUUUGAAUGAGCGCUCAGUUGCCUGGAGAAGACUUAUCGCUCUCUGUGUAACGAGCGGUGUCACGUGUUCGGCUCUCUGCAAUUCGUUAAGUUACUUUGAUACGUACAGACGAGCUCGCCUCCCGGCCAACUUAACUCAGGCUCAGCGGGAUUUUUUCGGAGGGCACACAUAUGAGCGUACAGAUAAAGAUGGUCGUUUUCAUACCGCGUGGACGGACGCUCACAAAGACAUAGGCGAUGCCAGUCAACGAACAAGCGGAGAAAAUGUUCAAAUUUAAAUAAUAGUAUAGUGAAUCAAGAUUACGACAAAA